UCGUUAAAGCCCAUCGAGGCCGUCCAUCACCCAUGGCCACCCGUCACGAUCAACUACAUAUGUCGGCCGGUACACGUUCGUCCCCAUCCCCCACCUCCACCGCCACUGCCGCCGCGCAACUCGCCGCCCAUGUCCUCUCUGGUUCCAUAAAUAACAGAACCCGGCUUCGCCUUCUUUAUCUCUUCAACGGCACCGUCUCUCCGAAACCGUUUCGCCAUCGUCCACCGAUGUCUUUGCGCAGCGACUACGAACAACCCCAAACCCUAGCGGCGUUCUCUCCUCGAUCCGUCACCUACUGCUGCGGAUCUUGUGGGUACGCGUUGAAUCUGAGCUCUUCCGAUCGGGACACCGCCAACAUCGGUUCCAAGUACAGGAAAUCCGCCAAGAAGGGCAUCGUUUCCUUCGUUGCCGUGGACGAGAGCCGGUUCUCGCAGGUCGAGGAGCUCCGUUGCUGGCCCUACUUCGAGUCGAGGCAUUCGUGGGGGUUGCUGAGGAGGAAGACCAAGUUGUCCUGUCGAAAGUGCAAGAACUUCGUUGGCGUCGGACAUUACGACGGCGCCUCCACACAGGCUGGGUCCGAUAGCUCCGUCUCGGGUUCCGGUAACGGCGAGGCGCCGAAGAAGUACUUCAUCAAGAUUAGCGCGCUGCAGCCGCUGGCGUGCGAUGACUGAGGCGUUCCUCUCUCCAGGUGAUGUUUGCUGCCAUGCCGACAUCGGACUCGCUCCUUGAUUUCGUGCAUAUGCUUGUGUGAGAAAGAAGGUGUCAUAUGUCGGGAUCCGGAACACGGUUGUACAAGAUAAUUGGACCCAAAAAAAUGAUGCCUUUGAUCUGUUUGUAGUUUUGCCUCUAAGAGUAAAGCGUGUAAUGUGUGAAUAAGAUGGUACCGAACGAAAGUUGUUGGUGAUUUUUG